GGCAUGCACAACGGAAUAGAUCGAAUAGAGUUGAACAGAAUAGUUUUGUGAUUGUGAUUGGAGUUGAUGCAUAAAACGAGGAAAGAACAUAACAUAAAGUAACGCGACGCAGUGUAACAUAUAAAUUAUCAAAUCUGAUCGAUCAUCGGCGAGAAGCAAGAUAUACCUAAUGAGAUAGAACACGUUCCCUUGUCCAUGUGUGCCUAUCACGCGCGUUUUCGCGCCGCGCUCGCUGUUGUAGGUUAUAGUAUCACGCACACGAGAUCAAGAUAAUAACGGACUAGAGGACAGAGAGGGAGAGAGUGAGUGCGUGUUUAAUAUAUCGAUCUCUCGUUAUCUUCAAGCGGAACGUAGCCGCAAACGAUAAUCGAAAGCGACGUUGGAACGACAGAGAAGAAAAGUGUGAGAUAAUCGUCACCGCACACAGACCGCCGUUAAUUAUGACGACCGUAGACUCGGAUGAUGAUAUCGAGAAACUGCCACAUAUACAAUGGGACAAUACGACGGUUCCCGGGCCAUCCGGUUGUAUGUUUCCUGGUGAAUUGACACCGUUGGAAUGUCAAAUAGCCGGCCAUCCUUUCAAUGGCGAAAAACAGACUAUCGGCGUGCUGGUCUGCAGACGGACUGGCCACAUACUGAAACCGGCGACUAAAAUAAUCCUUGGGGAAAGAGAAAUUGCAUUCUACGAGAGCUUGAAGAAUUCUCAUGAUCCCGUCGCAUUGGAAUUAAAAAAAUUCGUUCCACGUUAUUAUGGCACAACAGAACUGCGUGUUUUUAAUAACCGUACGAAAUUCCUCAUACUUAGGAAUAUUACAAAGGGCAUGGCCGAGCCAUGUGUGAUAGAUAUCAAGAUCGGUUUUCGCACGUGGGAUCCUUUGGCCACGCCAGAGAAGAGGAGAACGGAAGAACUCAAGUAUGCUGAAUCGAAGCGUACUUAUGGUUUUUGUAUAACAGGUUAUCAAGUAUAUUCUGUCUUAUCUGGACAAUUAAGGAAAUAUGACAGAGAUUAUGGCAAGCAACUCGGUGUCGAGGGCGUCGUGGAAGCACUAGAAGAUUUCUUGAACAUAAUACCUGGAAAGCCAGUCUGCCGACAGUUGGUCUCCGAAAUUUUGACAUACCUCUACAAGAUCGAACGGCUCUUCAACAUGCAGCGGAAAUAUUGCUUCUAUUCCAGCUCACUUCUGGUCGCCUACGAUGCCCAACACUUACGGCAGCAUUGUUCAUUGAAAGUUGAUAGUUCUGUCUCUCAUUCAGCGCCGAAAUUCGACAAAGAAAUGAUAUGUGAGUCAGUUCCCUUAUUAACAGUACCUGGAAUGCACCGGAAUUCAUCUGAAAUGGAUGAUUUAACGUUUCGAUCAAAGAUGAAAAAAAGCAUAAGCCAGCCUAUGUCGAUGUCAAGCGAAAACAUACCUACUCAAAGCGAAACUUGCAAUUUAAAUGUGGACCGGUUAUGUCGGUCCAGCCCGAGUCAAUUUUCACUUUCGUGCACAAACAAUACGCAGAAUGAUGAUGAAAGCACGGAGAACAAAUGGGUCAGAGUGAAAAUGAUUGACUUUACGCAUGUCUUCCCGGGAGAGAAUAACGACUUGGAUCGAAACUACCGGGAUGGCAUCCAGAUGCUAAUUCAGCUUUUAAGUCUGAUUAAGAAGAGCGAUUGCAUGCAUUAAAGUUGUUCUACUUGAAAGAAGAAUAUAUUAUUUGUGACGAUGUUCCUGGAAGUGAACAGAAAAGAUUAAGAGAAAAUAAUUCAGACAAAAAUAUGUUGAUAUAACGAUGUGUCAUUCAUUGUUAUCGGAAUCAGAUAUCGGGACGACAUAUCGGAAGGACAUGAUAAAUCGAUAAGACCAGAUUUCUGAUCUAUCAUCUGAUUUAUCAACAAUCGUCAGAGAAGACACUGCUCACCGUAGAAAGCUAUUGCGAUAACUUUUUGAAGAAGAAGCGAUAAAAUCUCUAAAUAAAUUAAAAAUAUUUCGUAUCGGUCGGAAAAUCGUGAUUUGAUAAAAACUUUAAGCAACGUAUAUUUUUCUCGAAGAGAAUCUCUGAUUUCAAUAGUAAUACUAAUAUAGAAUCAAGUACUGUGAACCAGGAUCAUUCCGCAAGAUUUAAAACUUAAGAUACAAUCAGAGAGAAAGUCUAAUCGGACGCAAUCAAUUCUGAAAAGGAUUCCAAAAAAAUGUCUUCUCUAGGAUAAAAUAAUUAAGACUUUUAUACUUUGCCAAAAGAAUUGUAAUGCGAAUGUAUAGAUUAUCUAGGAAUUUCGUACAUUUGACCCUUCGCAGUUACCAUGUGAAGGUUUUACAAAUUUAGAACUGGGCAUAACGAGAAAACAAAGAAGAUUGAAAACGCAGCAUUCUAAAUGUCCAAUUACCAUUCGAGUAACUUUCACAUUACGACAAUAAGUCGCACUUCGUAAACAUAUGCCAAUGGCGAAUUCUUUAACGGUACCAUUAUUAAUUCUGCCAUGUUACAUAUAUUUAUGUUACACGCAUUACGUGAUAAAAAAAAGUGCAGAUUAUUGUAAUUGUAACAGCAGCAAUAAAACAUUACGAUGUAAAAAGUGG